CUCUUAGUCAGGAUCGGCAUUGCACUGUGAAAAAGUCAUCAUGUCAAGUGGGGAUAAGUCGAAAGGUUCUUCCCACACAGACGGGAGGAUGGGUUUUAGCAGGAAAUCUGACCCUGGGAAUAACCAAUACAAGAUGAUCGUGUAUGAGCAGGAGAACUUCCAGGGUCGCAUGGUGGAGAUCACCAGUGAGUGCUUGAACAUUUGUGAGUUGGGCUUGGAGCGUGUGCGCUCCCUCCGCGUUGAGUCCGGGCCCUUCGUGGGCUUUGAGCAGAUGAGCCUCUGUGGUGAGAUGUACAUCCUGGAGAAGGGCGAAUACCCUCGCUGGGACUCUUGGAGCAACUCCCAGAAGAACGACUACCUGCUGUCAUUCAGGCCGGUGAAAAUGGUGAGGACUGGAAAGCCGUCUUCUCCUCUAGCAAGUGUUGACCCCCAAUGUUUGGUUCACCAGGACCCCGAAAAGCACAAAAUCUGCUUAUUUGAAGUGGGGGACUUUAAGGGGCGCAAAAUGGAGAUCAUGGACGAUGAUGUUCCCAGUCUUUCCUCGUACGGCUUCACUGACAGAGUGGCUAGCAUCAUCGUCAGCUGCGGAACUUUCGUGGGAUACCAGUUCCCUGGAUACCGUGGUAGUCAGUACCUGCUGGAGAAGGGGGAGUACAAGCAUUUCAAUGAGAUCGGCGCCCGCAACCCCCAGAUGCAGUCGGUGAGGCGCGUCCGUGACAUGCAGUGGAACCAACAGGGAUGCUAUAACAUCACCAGCAAGUGAAGAUUAGGGAAGGAGAGAAAGAGAAAGAGCGCAGGCGAUGGAGAGGGCCCAAGGAAGAGGGAGCGGGGGGGAGACUUCUGACGCUUAGGAACACAGUCAAACCACAGGCUCGGAUCAAGCUCCUGUCGUGGGACAAGUUUUGAGCAGGGCGCUCCAUUCUGCCGUCAUUAUUUUUCUCUUUCUCCCCUGCGACUCGAGCUUCGCUUUCCCGAUUAUGUCUCCCUUUUGUAGUGCCUGACUUGACUCCUCCGGGAGUCCAUGUAGAAACGUUCACACCUUCUUGCUGUUUAAGAAGAUUCUCAGCUCAGGGUACGAUGCACCAUGAGGAACCGAGUCCUGACAGCCCUUUGCUUACAUGUUCUUCCUCUAGUGCACGGCGCAUUCUCAGUUGUACAGAUUCAUGGCCAAUAAAGUGAAACAUAUGGAUUUCAACCAUGUUGUGAUUGUUACUCCUACCGGUUAUUGACCCCGCAUGUCCUGUAUCUGUAUGUGCUGAAAUGUAUUUCCUCUUUUGCUAUACAGACUUCCACCACUGUUCCUUUUUUUCCUUUGUAAAAGCAGAGGUCACCAAUAAGUUGAUCUCAAUGUGCGACUAGUACUUCAUAGUGGUAGCUCAGGUAGAUAAUGAAAAAGCCAAACUAACAUGUGAUGUUCAAUAAAAUCGUUUUA